AUGGUGUUUUCUUUUUUCAAUUCGUGCUGAAUUGAUAUUUCAUCUAUUUUUGAAGACCUCGGACAUCAGGAAAUGGUUCAUGAAGCAGCACGACAAGGGCAAUGGGGGCGCCUCGAAGCCUGGGAAGCCCACGGGUUCUGCCUUGGAGACGCAGAAGCCGGUAAUCUCUGCUUUCACGUUGGUUUUUUUCUUUAGUUUUCUUUUUUACUUUGUGAGCCUUGAGUUCUGGCCUUCGACCAUUCUAACGGGAGAAAAAAUGGGUUUUCCGCUCCCGUUCGUUGAUAUCUUCCUUCCUCAAUGGAAAAGUGAAACCGAGGACUUUCACACCAAAACGUUUUCCAUCCAGUUGGUUUUCUUCUACCCAGUGGACGUGAAAGAGGGCGAAAUUUUAAAUUUGAUAGUUCAAUUCCUCGCCCGGCUAUACACUUGCAAAAUUUGCGGUGGUCGCAUUUAGAAUUAUUAAUGAAAUUGCAAUUCAGAAAAAUCGAAAAGCCACUAGAAGAUUGACUGCCCAGUCUUGUUAAACGUUUGGAUGCAUCUAUUAUUGGCAUGCAGUUCUUUUCUUCGAAUUUUUUGUACGUGAGUUGCUAUUGUGAUUUACUUUCUCUGUAAAACUCAGGUGGACACGGGUCAAAAAGAGGAGAGAAGAAGAAAAACCAGCAAGUACUUCUCUGCCCCACCUGAAGACACAGGCAUGAAGUCAAAGCUUAGCGAUGGAGCCAGAGUGGAGAAAACGCCGCCUAAGAGGAAAUCACGAAAACCUAAGGAAGAAUCAGAUGAAGACGAGGAUUUUGAAUUGCCAAGUUCGAAUAAGGCAUCCGCAGGGGCUAAAUCCACGAAGAAAUUGAAAAGUGAGGCAGGCUUAGAAAUGGUUGAGAACUAUGCUGCCCUGGAUGAAGAGGAAGAAGACCUCGGUGAGAAAGCAGCCAGUUCUCAUCCUAAAGGUCGUGGAAGGGGAAGUGGUGGAAGGGGGCCUGGAGCUGCAGCAGGUGGCGGCAGAGGAAGGGGGGGUGGGAGGGGUGGCUUUAUGAGCUUUGGGGAAAGGAAAGAUCCUCCACAUAAAGGAGAAAAGGUGAAGACUACCAUAGAAAUGUGUUUUUUAUCAAUAUAAUAUUGGAUCUUUAUAGAAAUUUCAUUUUUAUUUUCGGUAUAUUAUUGAUAUUCAAAUACCUGAAGUGGUGCUUAUAAACCUAAUUCAUCAAAUUUGAUGGAGCUGUGGGUUUGUGAUCGUUGAUGCGAAGUUAGAAGAUUCUCUCGCACUGAAUAUGGUCUUAGAUCCCAGCACACAAAAAUUCGACAUUUUUUGAUAUAUAUUGUACACAGGAGAGAGUCAUGCCUGGCCAUAUUAUUUAUUGAUUGUUUUUUGUCCAUUUUUGGUGUCUAACAUAGGAAGUCCCAGAGGGCGCAUCUGAUUGUUUGGCUGGCUUGACCUUUGUCAUCAGUGGGACACUUGACAGGUAUUUAUUAAUGGUUGAUUAAAUAUUACCGCAUGCUUUUUUUGAUUAAGUGAUAGAGUUCUUGCCUCGAAAGCACCUUGUAGCAGGAGUAUGAAAGUUGAUUUUUUCUGCAUUUGCUUUUCUAGUAAUGUGGUCAUGCAUUGGAUACCUAAUCUGAAAUAAUUUUUCCAUUUACAGUUUGGAAAGAGAGGAAGCAGAGGAUUUAAUUAAGCGACAUAGUGGUCGGGUUACUGGAUCUGUUAGCAAGAAGACGGUAACAUAUCUGAUUUGAGUGUUUCUGAAGGAUCUCGAUUUUGAUUUGGAUAUUAUGUGCCUGCAGAAUUUCCUUCUAGCUGAUGAAGAUAUUGGUGGAAGGAAGUCUAGUAAAGCCAAAGAAUUAGGGUAUGCCACAUAAGUGUUGAAUAUGUUUUGCUAUUUUAGAUUCUGUUCCUUUAUUUUUGUUUAUUUUUGUUGCAGAACCUCAUUUUUGACUGAGGAUGGCCUUUUUGAUAUGAUCCGAAAAUCAAAGCCUGCAAAGGCACCAGUGAAAGAGGAAUUUAUGAAGAAAACACCAGAAAAUUUGGGCAAAGCCCUACCAAAGAAUAGUCCUGUGAAAGCAGAAAUAAAGGGUAUCUUCUUAUCUCGCUCAAUAAAAUCUCAUAUAUCCGUUAUUUUUUUCAUGUAAUGAUUUUUAUUGGGUAAGUGAAUGAAACAAAUGUAUUGCUUUCUUGAAUAACUUGAUGAGACAUUAAUAAAGUUAUAUAUAAGUUUAGUCCUAUGAAAGGUGGUGACUCCUCACAUGUUGGUAUAGUAUAUUGAGCCCAUGAGGUGGGCUUCUUCAUCCACCCCACUGUUAGAAAAAGAAAAACCUAAGAGUAUAAUUAUUGGAAAUUCCCUUGUUCAAUCUCUUUUCUAGGUCACUAACUUAUAUCACUUUUAUUGGGUUUUUUUUUUAACAUCCUUUCUUCAAACUCAUUUUGUAUGAACAAGUUUUGUACUGAGCUGAACUUAGCUUUCUUUUCUGAAUGCGGUAAAAUCUUUGAUGAUAUCUAUUUAAUAUACCAACUACAUCAAUGCUGCCUCUUCUUUGGUUUCCAGAGGCCUUCUCCAUUUAAGGGCCGGAGUUCUAAUUUAUCUUAGUGUUUCCUUUAACAAUCAACAUUUAGAUUGUCUCUGUUAACGGAGUGUGAGUCAAAACUGCAAAAUGAGUAGCAAUUUUUUAAAGGAUUGGUAAGUACCAUGAACCCCUAGGUUAACGUUUAGCGUGCUGUCCUUACACCCUCCCACAAAACUUUUUUCUCAAAUACCUUCUAAGCUGAAGGUUAAGGCCAAAGGGAAGCAGCCAUGUUGGACAAAAGUUGGAAGAAUCUGGCGAACUAAUAAAAGAAGGUAAGUGUUGUGAUUCGGUUUUUCCUACCUCAGCCCCUUGAAUGUUUUAAAAAAAGGUAGGGUUCCGAUUCGGCAGAUUUGGAAAGCCAGCUGUAGCUAAUGUAUUCAACCAUCCGAUGGACGCAUGUUUCCAUGAAACUCAUUGACAAGAUCGUCCUGUAUAUAUCACUGCGCAGUUUCUUGGCUUUUUUUAUAUCAACAUUAGGUUUUAAUCCUUGUUUACUACUGCCCUUCUGAGAAUAAGCUGCCCUUCAUAUUGGGCAUUUGAUGUUAUAGGAAGAAAGCUUGUGUAUUGUGUCUCUUCUUCGGUUUUCAUUAGUGUCUGGAUAAGUCGACUGUGACUCUUAAUUUUCUUAAAUCGACCAUUGAGCUGCAAAUAUUGAACUCUAUUCGGUUCAAAAACCUCAGUGCUUUUCAAAUGUUUUUUCGAGUAUAUCCAUUUUUAUUGUAUGACAUGAGAUAUCUUGUUUCAAAUGUAUUAUCACUGUCAUGGUUCUCUCAGAUGAUCAGGCAAGCAAGUUGUCAACUAAAGCUGCCACCAAAAGAUCCAUCCCUCCAAUCUCACCUAUCAAACGAAAAGGUGAAGAUAGUGGUGCUAAUCGGGUGACGUGGACAGAAAAAUACAAGCCUAUGGUUCCAAAUGAUAUUAUUGGCAAUCAGUCCCUUGUCAGUAUCUUUCUAUAUGUUUUUUUGUCUAUCUUCCCAGUUUUCAGAAACUAAAUUGGCAUGUAACAGGUUAAGCAACUUCAUGAUUGGUUAGCCCGUUGGGAUGAACAAUUUCUUCACACUGGUCAGAAGGGGAAGGGGAAAAAGAAGAGUGAUGCUGGUUCCAAAAAAGCUGUGUUGCUUAGUGGAUCACCAGGCAUUGGGAAGACCACAUCAGCAAAAUUAGUUAGCAAAAUGCUUGGUUUCCAGGCAAUCGAGGUCCUCUUUCAUGCACGAGUUAUCUGAUUAUGAAAAUUGUGGACCUCUGGGAUUUGACUAAUUUUAUCUAUCUUUUAUUCCUGUGUGGGUUAUUCAAAUGCUAUGUUACUGCCCUUCAGGUUAAUGCCAGUGACAACCGUGGAAAAGCUGAUGCUAAAAUUUUUAAGGGAAUCGGAGGAUGUGCAGCGAAUUCCAUCAAGGAGCUCGUCAGCAACGAAGCUCUAAAUGUUGGCAAAGAUUGGUGGGUCAUCCUUGAUUAGUUCUUUAGGCAUAAAUCAGUUUUCGUUGUUUCAGUUACAGUCUCCGGUCUAACACAGGUCAAGGCAUCAAAAAACAGUUCUUGUGAUGGAUGAAGUCGAUGGUAUGUCUGCUGGGGACAGAGGUGGUGUGGCAGAUCUUAUAGCUAGUAUCAAGAUAUCAAAGAUCCCUAUCAUAUGCAUUUGCAAUGACCGUUACAGCCAGAAAUUGAAAAGCCUGGUCAAUUACUGUUUGCCUCUCAAUUUUAGGAAGCCUACAAAGCAGCAGGUCAUCCUACUACUCAUUUCGUCCUUUUUUAUUUAUCUUCUUUUUCGUUUUUGACCUCGCUGUAUUGUUUAGCAAAAAACUAGCUUUAAAAAAUAACAAUUAUUUAGUUUGAUUUUGGGCAUUUCUUGCAUGCGGGUUGUUUGUAUGACUGACCUCACUAAUGUCGAGGCAUUGUGUGUAUCAGACCUAAUAAACGUUGAAUAGGAUUUAAAUGUCAACGAUCGUGUCAUGUGUGUGAGUUCAUCAUACUUCACUUCCAGAAGUACUGAGCUGCUGAAUUAUGUGACAAUGGAGAAGGUUGGAUCCUGAUUGAUGAAACUGGUUGAGUAAGAGAUCACUUUUUCCAAAACCCCUCUUACUUUUCUCGUCAGAAUGGGUAUGUGAAAAUGGAGGACGAUAAAAAAAAAAUGCUGUAACUAGGCAUGGAAAGAGGAAGAUAAGCGAAGAAUAAGUAGAGAAAAAAAUACUUUUCAAGUGACUAAAUGAUCACUGUAAUUAAUGCUUUGAAAAAGGUAUCCGGUUCAGCUGAUAAAUAUGUGCCUAGAGGUGAUUUUGUUGGGCUAUUCGCUGUGACUUUGAAGGUCUUGAUUCUAAUCUAGUGUCAACGUUUAAUUUUACUUGACUAUGAGUUUGAACCUUUGAUUGAAUUUUAGGUAUUGUGUUUUCAUGUAUUUUAUUUUACUUUGCAUUUAAGGACACCGUAAUUUCUAGUAUUUUUUUUCGAAUGUAGUAGAUCACAGACUCAGACCUUCAGAUCAUAUUGAAAAUUAGUUGUCAAAUCAAGGCUGGUAAAAAUUACUGAAGUUGUAGAUAUCAGGUAAAGAAUCUCCGGUGCAUUAAUUGUUGGCUGUUUUGUGUAGGUACUCUUAAAAUUAAAAAAGACUAUGCUCAUUCUGCUUCCCCCAUUCUAGGAAACGAGAUAUUUCCUUUACUAUAGCUUUAAACCGAUCUUUUUUUAUUUAUUUAUUUCUUAUUUUUGUGUUUUUUAUACACAAAAAAUUCAUAUAAUGGGUAUUACCGAUUCUUGAUAAGUUUUGUCGCUUCUCCUAGGCGUGUUCAGCUCUGCAUCUUGUUCUGGCAGAUGUUCAGUUAAAUAUCACAUAUUGUUUGAUCACAGACUAUCACUGGUGACUCGGACUAUAUACACGAAAAAAUCAUAGUAAUUCAGUCUUAUGGCCAUCAAAAGCUUUCUCAGAGUAAUUUAUUUUAGUUUGAAUUCAGGUGCUUCAUCUUCCAUUCCCUCAAGUAGUAUGGCAUUGCUUUGACAGUAAAUCUUGAUUGUUGUCUGGCAGAUGGCAAAGAGAUUAUCACAUAUUGCAAAGGCUGAGGGCAUUCAAGUGAAUGAUGUACGAAUUUAGUUUUAUUUGUUUUGUAAAUGCUUCAUUUUAUCUUUGAUCUUUUCCUCAGCCAUAUAUUUGUACUGUUCGCUUCUUUAAUUGCUUCCAAAGGCAAAUAGAAUUUAUAGCAAUAACGGGGAAGAUGGCUUUCUUUGUCACUGCAUGCUCGUUUUCAAAAGCUGCUUAUAACAUAAAAUACUCCCAUGAGCGAAGCUUUUCAAUAAUGUUAACCAGAUUUGAGAAGACAUUUGGUGUUUGUUUUGUUUUAUUUGCUUAAGUGGUGUAGACUCCAUUUUAAUACAUAUAUAUUUAAGCAUAUAUCUACAUAUGACGUUCUUCAUUAUGCAGAUUGCUUUGGAGGAACUCGCAGACAGAGUUAAUGGAGAUAUGCGCAUGGCAAUAAAUCAAUUGCAGUAUAUGAGCCUCUCACUCUCCGUUAUUAAUUAUGAUGAUGUGAGGGCUCGCCUUCUUAACAGUGCUAAGGAUGAAGACAUUUCACCGUUCACUGCUGUUGACAAGUAUUUCUGAUUACCUACUUUCUAUUUCCUUAGAAUCCUAUUUCAUGUAUUUUUUAUACAAUUUUAAUUAGUCGUUGUUUUUCGUUUAAAUGAAUUUCAGAGAUUUGGAAACUACUUAAAUUUUCGUUCUAGUCCUGUUAUUUUUUUAAAAAUUCUCCCUAGGCAUACUCUAUGUGUAUGUGUUCAUUACAUGAUCAUUCUUCAUUCCAAUUUCUAGAUACAUCAAGAGUAUAUUCGCUGGCAAACUCAGUCUCUGCAUCUGCAAAUUGACAUUUUUGUGUACGAAUGAAUCUUUUUUAGUCAAAAUUGUCGUUGAAAUGCCUAGUUGGCCUUAGAUAGAUGAUUUACAUCGAGUUAGAUUGUCUCGUUUAGGGAAAAUGAUGAAAAUUAUAACAUUUUUUUUCUGGAAAAUUCGGUGCUGGGAAAUAAAGAAAGUGAAAUAACAAAAUGCGCAAGGCUUUGUGGCCGUGAUAAAAAAGGAUGUCAAAUUGUGAACUUUUUUUCUACCAUUGUCCAACGGACAGGUACAGUACAGCAUCAAAAUCAUCAUUUUUUGACAUUAUUAAACUUUCUGUUGAUCAAGUGGAGAUUGUGGCCUCUCAUCAGAUUAGAUGUUAUAAGUUGUUUUGCGAGAUAAAUGAAAUUCAUCAUGGUCAUACAUUGUAUUAUUAUACGUAUCUCUGCUUUUUUAUGUUAGGCUUUUUUGGUUGAAUGGUGGGAAUAUAAUUAUACUUAUUUCUGCGUAUCUCAUUUUUAGGCUUUUUGGAUUUAAUGGUGGAAAGUUACGAAUGGAUGAAAGGAUUGAUUUAAGCAUGAGUGAUCCUGAUCUGGUCCCUCUCAUCAUACAGGUUUGACAUCCAUUUUUCCAUUUGUAAAGUAGUUACUUUUGUUGUGGCCAUUUGGGUUUUUCUGAUGUGGGAAGAAGGCACAACUAGCCGUAGCUGUUUCUUAAUCACACUGAAAUGAAAACGUUGCAAGGAAAAUCUUGUUACCAUAGGAAGAAGGUACCUUGAUCUCUCUCUGGUCUCUAAUUUUCUUACCUGCCAACUGUUCUGAAAUGAAUACUUGAAUAUAAGUGCAAUGAAGGGGUACGACGGCACAUGUUUGUGAAAGGAAUGGAUGAUAAACAUAUUUGUAGAAUGCUUAACUAGGAGAAUUUUCAUAUAAGAGGCCUAUAUGCAUGAAUAUAUCCCAUUGUUAGGUAUUUGAUCUCAAAGGAUAUCGUUGAACUGAAAAUCGAUGUCCUGUAAAACAGCAUCCACAUUGUUCAAAUGUUGCAUAUGCUGACCUGCUAGCACCUAACGCUUGGAAUGCAUAGUGUUGAGUCUUGAUCUCCCACGGAAGUUGAAGUCGCAAGGCGCUGCUUAACCAACAAGCCUGUCAUAAAAUAGUUCUAAGGUGGCCUUUGCUAGGGCGCAUUUUCAAGCGUUGGAGUUCACUGUGGAAUAUAUUGAUAUUUUAGAUGUCAUCAAGAUAUUCCCCCCUGAUCCAUGCUUUUGGUACCUUUAUAAUUUGUAGUCUUCUUGUCAUCAGGACACCCACAGGGGAAGCAGGGCCUGUCCACAGCUCAAGACAGUUACUAUUAUAGUCCAGCUGAAACAACACCCGCGGCCAUUACUGAUCAUGGAAUUUGUUCACUUUUUCACCUUCCUCCUCCCAAAAUGGAAAUUCUAGCACGUCCCCAUAGCCUGCUCAACAGCUCAAGUUCUAUGUUUUAUUUCUUUACGAGUACAAAAGAACAAGCAAAUAGGAAUCUGGAAAUGGGGAGAAGAAGAAACUGAAAUAGAGAAAUGGAAACACAGAAAGAAGUGGUAAAAGGAAACACAAGAAAAUUCCCAGUGGAGAAGAAGCUUCGAGGAUAGUAAAGAAACUGAAAUAGGUCUCUUUAGCAAGGACAUCCCCUUUGUUGGUUUUUAUGAAGAAGCGCGGAAGAAGAACAGGAUAUAGGAAGGAACGACGUUUUCAUCACCCCUAUUUUCUCCCUCUUCCUCGACUUCUCUCAUUCUAGUAUGCAUGAAUGUUGUGCUUUUCUCAUUCCUUUGCUCCAUUUCUACUUGAAGCAACGGUUCAUCAGCAGAACAUACUCUCAGGUCUUUCUCAUUCGAUUCUUGUUUGCAAGGUCCAGGUUUUAAACCGCAUGAAUAUUUAGACCAUGCCAUUUAUGUAUUUGGGAUUAAAUUUGUAGCAUCUAGUGAAUUCGGUUGAUAAUUUUACUGAUUCUAUUUUUCCAAAUAUCUCGUAAUCCUGGCUUCAACUGUGUGGUAAUUAACGCUUUCUUAUAUUAACUUUCACGCUUGACAUAAGAAGAUUCACAUGAUACUUGGGUCGCAUGACAAAACUUGUGCAGAUGGUGAGGUUUGGAUCAGGAUCGCAUGAUAAAAUACAGGAUGUCUUCCCUUGAUUACUUUGUCGAAGUGCUUGAUUUCAGCGACUAUAUGCUUCUUUGAACUGUGAAUGAAACUUGUUAUGUUCCAUUGGAGGAACAUACGUACCAAUAUUCGGUUACAAUUGCAGAUUUAAAUUUCGUUUUGUGCAGUAGAUUUCCAAGUUCAGAUGAUUUUGAUUUUUUCUUUUUCAUUUGAAAUUAGUAUAGAACUAGAGUUCUCUGGUAUAUCUAACAAUGAGAACAUUGUAGAUUAAUCUAUUGUAGAUUGAUCUUAUUACCAUUCUGAUGCAGGAAAAUUAUGUAAAUUAUCGUCCAAUUAGUGCCGGUAAAGAUGAUAAUGGAGUCAAGCGAAUGAAUAUGCUGGCUCAGGCGGCCGAAUCCAUUGGUGAUGGGGAUAUAAUCAAUGUGCAGAUCAGAAGAUAUCGUCAGUGGCAGCUUUUUCAAUCUAGUUCAGUUGCAUCUAGCAUAAUACCGUAUGUCCUUUUGUACCAGAAAAAAAUGAUAUCUGAACUUUUCGAUAAAAAAAAUUCUGACUGGGGAUAUGUUGACCUCAAUAGGGCUGCUUUAAUGCAUGGCCAUAGGGAGACACUCGAGCAGGUAUUUAGCUAUAAUACCCAAUUCCUUCUGAUCUUUUCAAACCUGUUGUAACACCCCCUCCCCCCCAGCAUUGGUUGAUCGAGAAAACUUGAAAAUUUAUUUAUUGUUAGGAUUCUCCGGAUAUGAUUACUGAUCAUUUUCGUGAUCAUCUUAUCUACUUUGAGGGCUACAUCACAGCAGACAUAUUUUGAGGAUAACUGUGUCCAACUUUUCUACUUAUCAUAAACUUUAUGAUCAGUUAUGUACAUCCAUUACAGAACUUAGAUGGGUACCAGGAGGACAAGCUCUAUGGAGACUCUAAGUUUUGACAAGUGCUUGUUGUGCUGUUUGAGACUCUUUUAUCGUCCAAUAUCCAUGAGUUAUCUAUGGUUGGCUUUCUAUUUAUUGACCUCUCAGAAUAGGGACCCAGACCAAAGAUGGCGCUAGCGAGGGGUUGGACUGGUUUGCUAGGUUUGCCAUAACAUCAGCAGUUAUGGAAGGCUUCUUCUUUUAUGCUUUCUGAUGUAUUUCAAUAAUUCCACCUAUUAGGGCACCACCUUUCAAUCGGUGUGUGCAGCUCAUGGGUUUAAAGAUUGUGGGUUCAGCAGAGCCAUUGCUUUACUGCAUUUUCCGGGGAGCAUUCAACUAAAUAGCUCAGAGGGUGCACACACCCCUGACUCAUAAUAUAUUAAUUUAAUUUGCCUUUUCCCAGUUGCAGGAAUGAGAAGACUGCGAUUUUCUAUUUAGAAUUUUUUUUUCAUUUCACUGGUUUGAUUGAAAUAGUAUUUCCCUUGGCUUCUGUCCUCUUUGAUUGCUUUGUUCUUGUGAUGAUGAAUUCUGUAGGGAGAACGUAACUACAACAGGUUUGGCGGAUGGUUAGGAAAGAAUUCUACAAGAGGAAAGAAUUUGAGGCUCUUGGAGGACGUUCACGUUCACUUCCUUGCUUCCCAGCAGUCCAGCCUGGACAGGCAAGUUCCAUUUACUCUCUCUCUCUCUCUCUCUCUCUCUCUCUCUCUCUCUCUCUCUCUUUCCCUCCUUCCUCCUACCCCUCCCCCCUCCAUGAUUUCCUUUCUGGAUUCAUGAGACCGCAAUGAACUUUCGAGCUUUUGCAUUCCCAGUACAUCAGACUUGUUCUUUUCACGGGCUUCUAGUAACUAAUGGACUGUUUCCAACCAUGCAAGAUAGUAGCUAUGUAUAAUUUAUGUGUAUUGUAUAUGAUUUUGCAGCUCAUUUUGAUGAUAUUAGCUUAUGCUAAAAAGGGUCUCAGCACCUUCAACUUCCAAAUAAUAACUUCAUUUUAUUCCCUGGGUAUCAUAUCAAAAUCUAGCCUGCUCUUGUAACCAUCCUCUUUAUAUUAUCAAUAGAAAAAGCCUUGUGCUUUGGAUUGGACAUGAGUUCAUAAACCUGUCAUCUAAGUGAUGACCAUCGCUUUCUUUUCUCUGGGUUGAUCAGCUUCAUGUUGACUUUUUUUCUUCUGCCAACAGGGAGGCCUUGCGGCUUGACUACUUCCCUCUUCUUCUCAAGCAAUUGACCCACCCACUACGUGUGAUGCCCAAGGUUAACAGCCGAUCUCAUCUACAUGACCACUGGAAGCUGAACGGCUGAAAUGAAAAGAAAUGAAAAAGUCAACCCCAGUUUGUCGAUCGUUAAAUCUAUAUUAUCUUCUGUUGACAACCAGGAAGAUGCUGUCCAGAGCGUCGUGGAGUUCAUGGAUGCCUACUCUCUGAGUCAAGAGGACUUUGACUCCAUUUUGGAGCUCUCCAGGUUUCAGGUAUGCGGCCCUUCAUAAAAUUGCAGAUGUUACCUUCUUCCCCUCCAUUUCCCAAGACCGCAGAACGAAUUCCAGGCUUGAGGAAAGCCUCUUGCCCAGCUUCUUUUCCUUCCGUGCCCAAGGUCCCAGAUUGAUUCCUCGGAAUCCAUUCUGGAGGUUUGACCUGAAGUAUAGGAGUUUUGGGGCAUUUAUUACACGUGCAGAAAAUUACGAAUUUGUCGGAUGAUAAUUGUUUUAUUAUUUGUUUUAGUAACUAAAAAAUGAAAUUAAUCAGGCGUUAAAAUCUGAUGGAUGUUUUGGGCAUUUAUUUUUCAUGUGAAGGGCCAUCCGAGCGCCAUGGAUGGCGUGCCGCCAGCUGUGAAAGCUGCGCUCACGAGGGCCUACAAAGAGGGCAGCGGCUCUCGGGUCAUCCGUGCGGCUGACCUGAUCAGCUUCCCGGGCAUGAAGAAGGCCCCGAAGAAGCGGAUCGCCGCCAUGCUGGAGCCCCUGGAGGAACCCGCUGAUGACGUGGAGCAGAGCGAGGAGGAGUUGACUUCCGACGCCGAAGACGCUGGUCAGUAACUCUCUCUUCUGGAAGAUCUUCUUCAAAGGCCCUCCCGUGACCACCAUCCAUCUAUCUGUCUAUCUGUCUAUGUGUCUAUUCCAGAUGGCGCCAUGAACGGCGAGCUGAAGCUGCAGCUGGAUCUCCAGAGCGACAAAUCCAGAGGUUAAUGGGAAGCCAUGGUUUCUUAGUGGGGAAGAUCUACUUUUGUUGGGGGGGUCCCUCAUUAACGUUGGUCUUCUGCGCUUUUGCCCAGGAAUCCAGGUGGACCUGAACUUGAAGGGCGGCUCGGGUCAACAGAAGAAGAAGUCAACGGCUAAGAAGUCAAGUGGCUUGGACUCUGCAGAGAAGACUGUGCGUGGCUCGAGGGGUGGGAAGAGGAAGCGUUGA